CGAUCGUUCCCUGAUUGUACAUAUUCCUUUCUUGGACCGAUCUGUUACGAGUGAUCGGCCAUGUCGUUCAAUUGAGCCGCCGGCGCCUUCACGAUGCCUUUGCUGCGACCCAUCAACCUUCCUGCGCCCCUGAUCGUGCAGUCUGUGACUCUCGUCGGGUUUGGCAUCUACACCACGUUCUUUCGCGGACCCAUAUACUCCACCGCGGACGGUCACUACUCCUUGUUUGUUCCCGCUAACCCGUCGCCACGGGUGGCCGACACGCUCACGCUGCUCGGCAUCGUGACCACAGGGCUGCAAGGCGCCUACCUCAUCUCUUCAUACAUGCCCCUUGAGGAGAAUCAGUUCGUUCACGCGAGUGUUCCCGCGCGCUUGUUCCUUUCCGCUUGCAUGUUGAGCGUGUGCCUUGUUCACAGACCGCAUAUGAGCUCGGGUGGGUUCAGAGAGCUUCUGACACUAGGUCUGGUUGAUGGUGCUGCUGCUGCUGCUCUUGGGUUUCAACUCGGAAGGUUUGACGGGAUGGUGAAGAACGCUGAGCGAUGGUUGUAAACAUGGAUACUUUGCUGAUUCUUCGUUAAUCUCAACUCAUAUACGGACCAUAGCAGCACGAGAGCGACAUCUACGGGUUGUAGGCAGCAAGGAUAUGAAUCUUGGUGCGACUGGCGUUUGUGGUCACCCUAUAGAAGCUUCGCUGCGUGGAAUCGAAGUUGUCAAAAUGCUCUACUCCUCCAACAGACAUAGAGCCUUAUCAUUAUGGAGAAAGAUUUCCGUCUUGCUAGACAAAUCAAGAUAUAUCCAUUGUGCAUUACAUAGGAGAGCAGACAAAAAUGCGAUCUUGUCAGUUCUGGGGUAUCUCACUCUUUCUCAUCUUAGCCAGCGAAACGCC